AUGCUCCUCGGAGGAGCUAUUGUAAUUUAUGAAAGCACAUCGGCGGCUUUAUCUUUCAUAUCUCGUCAUCGACCCGUCCAUAAGUACGAGUCCCACAUCGGUGUCCCCCUACCAUCUAACCACGUUUACAACCAUACUGCCAAAGUCUCCGCCAAUGCUGGUGCACUGGCGGCUGCCGAGUGGCAAUCGGGUGCACUACGGGAAUUGCAAGAAGCGACUUCAGUGUCAGCAAGGAAUAUCAAAGUUCUUGGGUUUGUCUUUCCGCAGUUCCAUCCAAUACCAGAAAAUAAUGCUUUUUGGGGCCCCAACUUCACGGAAUGGGUUAACGUCAGAAAAGCCAGCAAGAACAAGUUUGGCAUGGAGGUCCCGCAACCGGAAUGGGGCUACUACAAUCUUCUGGACUUUGAUGUUCGCAAGCGUAUGGGUGACUUCUUGAGGGAUAAAGGAAUGUACGGCAUCGUAAUCCACCACUACUGGUUCGAGCAGCGGCCGAUCAUGGAUCGAUUUGGGAAGCAAAUCCUUGUGGACGGUGAGCCCAAUAUGCCAUUCUUCUUCAACUGGGCUAACGAGCCUUGGACAAAAAGGUGGGACGGAUUGGACAGAAGCGAAGUGCUGUUGCCGCAAAGCUACGGAGAUGAGGUUACCUGGAAAGUGCACUUUGACUACCUGAUGCCCUAUUUUCUCCACCCGAAGUAUAUAAAGGUCGGGGGCCGGCCAGUGUUUGCCAUUUACAAAGCAUCUCAUAUGCGGCAUACCCUGGGCCCCAUGAUGGCUAAAUUUAGACAGUGGGCGGUGGAGGCGGGCUUUCCUCCCGGCGGAAUAGAAGUCAUGCAGGCCAACUGGCAGGACGACCCUGUAGAUCCGAACGUAGAUGCCGUAUAUGAUUUUCAGCCUCACGCUGGCGGUUGGGACGCUGGUAACAAGGCGCUCCCCGCAAAAAGACAUCCAAUCCAUCACAGGGGCGCCAUGGUAUCCUGGGACAAUACACCCCGACAUCUCACCGACGGUGCGGCUAACAUGUAUCUGGGCUCACAUCCAUCGCGGUGGUACUACGAAUUGGUGGACUUGAUACAAUCGAUCGUUGCCGACCCUAACCCAAUGGCAUCCGAGAACUUUCUUUUCAUCAAUGCCGUGAACGAAUGGGGUGAAGGCAACGUGCUCGAGCCGACCGUACAACAAGGUGACGCAUACGCCCAAUCCCUCAAGAGGGCGCUCCAAUUUGCGCGCGAAACCGGGGGAUUAGUGACAGCACGGGAUUCCGAGGCAUGGCUGCCCGCAGUUCCCCAGCGACCAGAGACCUGUAUCCUUGUGCGAACGUACAGGGGUCACGAGGACGACCAGGUCUUUACCUUGCGCGGUCUGAUAACGUCCCUUCGCCGGUUAACCAAUCCUAACUGGGUGGCGGUAAUCUUCCCCACCGAUAUGUCUGACACCUCGUACUGGGAUCGCUUGAGGGAGGACUUUGAUGACGAACGCCUGACGUUCUACCACCCACCAGACAAAGUGCGCCGAGUCUACUCCACGAAAGACGCAGGAUACCAUGCGACUGACUACGUCCUGAAGAAUCUGGAGAGGGCUUGCCCGCGGUGUGCCAGCGCUAAAUGGCUGCUGGUCACAAAUGGAGACAAUAUUUAUCGCCCGGACACGCUUUCGUACUUCGACCACCAACAUGACUUCAUCGGGCUGAACUUUUUCUCGCGCUGGGUCGUCCACAACAACGACCAGAAACAUAAAGUCCUCUGGAGCGAUAGGUGCGAACGAUUUCAGCAGGAGGAUCACUGCUUUCGCCCAUCUCCGGCUGUAGGAAAGAUUGACUUGGGCGCCAUGAUACUGAAUCUCACCAAGUUUCGUAAAACUGGUUAUACGUGGUCGUCGUUUACGGGAAAGCAUCCGCUCGCACAGGAUGGGAAGAUGGCCGAAAAGCUUAUUUCGAACGGUUUCCGCUUCGCAAACGUCCCCGAACAUGUGAAGGGCUGCCAGCUGCUGCAUAAUCCCAGCUAUGCCGCCUGCCGGGGAAUGGGGCACGUAUGGUUCGAUUCCCCUAAGUUUUCUGAGGCAACCUGCUUGAAAGGCUCCGACGUUCACGCUCUGUUCGAUAAGCGGGGCGAAGGAGCGCUGGACGCCGACUACCUGCUCGCGAAUGGACACUGCAUUCGAUAUAGCAAAAAGAGGUACCAAGAGCUCACAUUACCGUGA